AUGAUUCCAGCUGAUAUUAUUGCAUCAAUUGCUGGAUUAGUAAAUGAAAAAGAUAUUGAAAAGAUCACUUCUGAGUAUCAGGACAACAUUUGGGAAUUCGUGGAAUCACUUGUGACUCAUGUUCUUGCCAGUAAUCAUGUUGGAUAUUCUGAUUAUAACACAUCCUCGUUCAUAUCAGAAGAACUCGCUCGCCAAAAAUUAUCAUGUGGUCUGAAUAUACCAAAUGCUGUGUCAAAGUCCUUAUGGGCACUACACUUGGCACAUGAACACGUGGAAAAAUUGAAAGAUCUUUCUGAUAUACCUCCAAUUGGAUAUCGUGUUAUACUUGAGUUCUACCUAGUUUGGCAACAGCUUCUCAUUGAUCCAGAGGAAACUAUUCGCACUGAAAUUGAACCAAUUAUGGAGAAGCUUAGAGUUUUGAUUGCCGAAGAAAAUGAUGCAUUCACUUCAGAAGAUCGAUGUCAGAUACAACUCGAGAUGGCAGCUGUACGGUUUCAAUUUUAUGAAUACGACAAAGCAGAUAACCUGAUUAAAAGUGCAAGUGAAGAAUGUCAACUAAACAUGGAUUUGAGUGGAAUGAUGGGAAAACGAACACGGUUCCAACAGAGAGAUAUUGCACAACUAGUUUUGAUUCAUAAGGAUCCAUCAACUACUGGAACACCUCUUCCUCCAGAUUCUGAUAUUCCGCAGAGUUUGGAUAUGAAUGAUGAUACUCUUCUUGAACAAGUUGCUAUUACUGAACAAGGAGCAAGAGUUGAUGGAAGAACACUGAAUGCAUGCCAACUUUCGUGUCUGUUAUGGAUUGCUCGACAUGAAUCAGCAACUCAUCGUCAUGAUGUAUUAGUUCACGAACGAUGUUCACCAGUGUUGGAUACUGUAAUUGCAGCAAGAAGAUAUUGGAGUAUUCAGGCAGCUGCUCUUUUGGCUCGUGCAGAACUUGAAAGAGGUCGAGUGAGACAAGUGGAUCGUUCAUGUACACAAUCUGAAUUGGUGGUAAAGUUACAACAAGGAGUUGAUGAUCCAGUUCUUAUUAAAGAUCGUCUUCUCCGCACGUCAUAUAUCCUCGCAUCUGGUCUCACUCCAUUUUGGCAAUCUUCUGUUCUUCUGGCUGGUAUUCUCAAUUCUCUUGGAUGUACUUCUGAAGCUUUGCUCAUUCUGGAAAAGCUUGAAAUGUGGGACGGGGUUAUUGACUGCUACAAGCAACUCGGACAAAUGGACAAGGCUGAAACUCUUAUCCGCCGUUUAAUUGAGCAGAAACCAAAUGACUCUAUGCUUCAUGUAUACUUGGGAGAUAUCACAAGAAAUUUGGAGUAUUUCACAAAAGCUAUCGAAUUAUCUGAUGAUCGGAAUGCAAGGGCUCAUCGAUCACUUGGACAUCUCCUUCUAAUGGAUAAAAAGUUUGAGGAGGCCUAUAAACAUUUAAGAAGAAGUCUGGAAUUACAGCCAAUUCAAUUAGGAACCUGGUUCAAUGCUGGCUACUGUGCAUGGAAACUUGAAAAUUUUAAAGAAUCCACUCAAUGUUACCAUAGAUGUGUAUCCCUUCAACCUGAUCAUUUCGAAGCUUGGAAUAAUCUAUCAGCUGCCUACAUUCGACAUGGACAGAAGCCAAAAGCAUGGAAACUUCUACAAGAAGCUCUUAAAUACAACUACGAACAUCCGAAUGUAUGGGAGAACUAUAUGCUUUUAUCAGUAGAUGUUGGAGAAUUUUCUCAAGCAAUUCAAGCCUAUCAUCGUCUUUUGGAUAUGAAUAAACGAGGAGCUGACGAUGAAGUUUUGGAAUUAAUUGCUCAAACACUUUUAAGAAGAGAAGCUGAAAUUUCAAUGGAUGAGAGCGAGGAUAAAGCUCAAAAUGAAGCAGAAAAUCGGAAGGAAAAAGAAGAAAUGAUCAAGUUGUUGGCCAGAAUCUCAGCGAAUCAUCAAACUUUAUCCCCAAAAACUCUCCGUGUCUACGCUCUUCUCAAGAAGCCAUCUGUUUUAUCAUCGGAAACUCGAACCGAAUUUGAAAAGUAUGUGCGAUUACUGGAGAAGAGUCUAGCUGCAGCAAAUGGAAAACUGACGUGGCCAAAAGAAGAGAAAUUGGCGUUGGAAGUUGUUGAAACUGCUGUACGAUUAGCCGAAGAUCGUCUAGAGUUGGCAAAGUUCAUCGCAUCGGAUACGUCUGUGAAAGAAGCAUCCGCUAAAGUUCGUUUAUCUCUUCGUGGCAUUCUUACUCGUCUUGAUAAGGAUUCAGGAAGCCGCGUGUCUGGUGAUGAGACGGAGAAACUUCAGGAGAUCGUAGAAGUUGCCAAAAGUCUUCUGGAUAGUGUGGCAAUUUGAAUCUCCAAAAAUUCAAAAUUUAAUAAAAAUAUUCCCUGUUAAUCUUUGAUUUUCUCCCAGUGAACGAUGUUGUUUAUUUUGUUUUUGUUCUAAUCUUAAUUCAGUUGUUAUUGUUUUGUUUUUCUUGUUCUGUUUCAAGUAAUUUAAUUCAUUUAAAUUUUUUUUUAGUAAUUCAAAUGAAAAUUGAUAGAUA